AUGGACGAGCGGACUGUCAUCGCUCCAGACAUCUCGACAAAUCAGCCAAAUCCCAGACAGCGCAAUCGCAUCCACAAUCAAGCCAUCAAAAGAGCCAAGGCUAAUAUAGGGAAACCUCGCGACCACAUCUUGUCGACGUCUCGUGAUGAAAGUCCUGACUCGCAACGCAUUCGUGAUUCGCUACUUGGGUUGGUCAAAGCUGGUGUCAAUCAGGAUCUCACCAUAACCACCACUGUGGUGUCACCGAGGUUGACUGUGACAUCUGGGGGGCUUCGUGGCGAUCCGUUCUGUGCGUUCCCAAUAUCACCGGAAGGGGGUGUCCUUUCCGCUGUCGACUAUUUCCUCCAGCACUAUGCGCCGGUUCACAUCAAUCCCAGAAAAGAGCAAUUAGGUCCAGCAGAUAGCUUGCCGCUAUCGCGACGGUAUUUUGGUCUGGCCUUGGAGAAUGCGUCCAUGUUUGAACUCAUGGUGGCGCUCGCUCAAGCCUCGUAUGAAGCCCGGCGCGGAAAUGUUCGAGAACCAACAAGAGAAGUCUUAAUCCACUAUGGGAAAGGAAUCGAAGCCCUGCGUCUCAAGAUGGCACGUAGCCCAACUUGCGACGAUGAUGCCACGAUUUUGGCGAUCAUGGCCCUGCUGGGAAUCGCCUUGAUUUACAAUGACUUUGUUUCGUUUGAGACCCAUUUGAUUGGCCUACGCCAUCUUGUGGAAUUGCGAGGAGGGGUUGAUCAUCUGGGGUGGGACGACUUCCUGAAGAAUUCAAUCACUGGCCUCGAAUCUCUCUGGGCGUACCACGAAAAUAAGAAGAUGAGCAUUUCGACCACCGAAGUCAGCAUCAAACUACAAUAUCCGAAACAUCCAUUUCCUCCUGACCUCUGCACCCUGAUCGCCAAGCUUCCCGAUGGAUUUCGAGAGAUUUCCUUGUCCGGGAGUCUCUGCGUUCAGAUCAUCACAGUGUUGGCACGUGUGACGGAGUGGGUUACACAGUUGCAAGGCUCGCGGAAGAAGGGAGUCCUCGCCUUGGGAGAUCCCAACGGCACGUAUAUGAAGCAAACGCAGGCGUGUAUCGAAUUGGUGCCUCUUCGUGGGUUGAACACACUUGAGAGGGUUCUUUGUUCGGCGCUGGCGGCCGUUACCACGGAGACCUUUCGUCAAUCCAAGCAACAGAACCCGGUGCAUCGGCGGUUGGUCGAAUCGCUCUCGGAAAUGCUUUCUCGAUACAAUCUGCGCGACUUACCGCUUGAAUGUACCAUAUGGAUGGCGUUGGUCAUCGCAGGUCCUGCGUAUUCGUCUAAUGAGGGGCCUGCAAGCGAAGCAGUGUCGAUGAAUCAAGGUCAACCACAUGCCCCACGAUUUGUCCUCUUGGAUCGAAUUCUCGAGGAUUCAUCCAGUGCCAGGAAUUGGAAGUGGGUCAAGAAUAUGAACGACCCAGGCCUCGAUGAACCCAUAGCCGAUGCCUCUGCCAUUGUCAAAGAGAAUGUCGAAGAUCGCCCCCCUGCAUCUCACCACAAUGCCCAAACGUCGUCCCCUCACCAGCAUCGUAAUGCGUCUCCAGAAGAGACUUAUGACAAAAUGGAGGAGGAGGAGCAAGAACGAAACUUUCUCAUGCCAGCAAGGUGGUGGUAUGCUUCGACCGGAGUUCCCCUUGUGGCAGGUACUUUCGGACCUAUGGCCAAUGCAUUCAGUAUCUGUGCGCUGGUGGAGAAUUGGAGGGUUGAGAUUCCUCCUGGAGGAACAGAAGAGCAUGGGAUUGACAUCAAAGACCCUGGCUGGCUUAUCGCUGUCAAUGCCGUCUCCCUGGCGUUCGCCCUUGUCGCCAAUAUGUCUCUCCUCCUCAACAUGGCGCGACGUGUUCCCUUCCGCAUCGCCCAACCCAUCACCAUAGCCGGCUUCUGGAUCGCCUCAGUGCUUCUGAUCGGUCUGAUUGCCGUCGCAUCCUCUGAUUUUGACGCACGCGGCGUCCGGCAUCAGGCCCUCUCCCAGGCAUAUUACUACGCCAUCUUUGCUGCGGGUUUGUACCAGAUAAUUUCAUACUUGAUGUGUUUUACGGUGUACGGGGCGUACAAAGGGCAUUAUAGUAAAGAGUUUAAGCUCACUGUGGCGCAAAGGACUUUGAUGUUGCAGACCAUUAUGUUCUUGUUGUAUCAGUUGUUAGGGGCACUGGUGUACUCACACAUCGAGGGAUGGAAGUUUUUGGAUGCGGUAUAUUGGGCGGAAUUCACUUCUCUGACAAUUGGCAUUGGCGAUGACUAUACACCAAAGACCCAUCUAGGUAGAGGACUGCUAUUUCCUUUUGCCAUGGGUGGCAUCAUCAUCUUGGGCUUGGUCGUCGGUUCCAUUCGUUCAUUAAUUCUGGAAAGGGGAAAAAAGAAGAUGGCAGCUCGAUUGACGGAGAAGACCCGAAGACGAUUGCUCAAGGAGAUUGAGAGAAUCAGUAGGAGGAAUAGCCGUUUGAAGCACAAGGGUGCCCUGGGGCUUGGGAAACACACCACGAAAGCACUGACGGUGGAGCCAGGAGACGGUGAGGUGGCGGAGCUCGAGAGGAGACAGGCUGAGUUCGAGGCAAUGAGGAAAGUUCAAGAGUGGGCUGCCACAGAGCGCAAGUACAUGAGUUUGGUUGUUUCAACGUUUGCAUUUGCUUUCUUGUGGACGAUAGGGGCGUUGGUCUUCGAACGUGCCGAGAGGAACCAGGAUUGGUCGUAUUUCGGAUCACUUUACUUUUCAUAUACGACGUUGUUGACCAUCGGAUAUGGGGAUUUCCAGCCCAUGUCCAACAGCGGUAAGCCCUUUUUUGUCUUCUGGACUCUGCUCGCGGUCCCUACCUUGACCAUUCUCAUCUCCGACAUGGGAGAUACUGUGGUCAAGGCCGUCAAGGAUGUCACCAUCUGGCUGGGAGAGAUCACCGUGCUUCCCAGCAGUGAAGACACCAUAGCAAAUCGACUCAAGCAUGGAGUGUACAAGGUCACUCUUGGCCAAAUGGAUCCUCGAUCACCUGAUUCUCGUGAUGUGGAAAGGGGCCCAGAAACGGGCAGCGAAUCUGAGUAUCAGGAACUGCAUCCUGGCCUUGUACGCCUGUUCCGCAACGGCAUGAAGAAACACAAAGCCGGUGGCAAAGACAAAGACACCAAAGAUCGCUUGGCUGCCGACUUCGAGGAGGAGGAGAAACAGGAUGAAUCCGAUGCCAGACACGAGGGCGAUCGGUGGCAAGAAGCUGCUCAUCACCAUCGCCAUGUUCUGUUGUCUCAAAUACGAAGGGUCUAUGCAGAUGCUUCUGCGGCAACACCAAAGAAGUACAGUUAUGAGGACUGGCAAUACUUUCUCAAAUUACUUGGGGAGGAUGAAGCAGAUGCUUCAUACCACCGGCGAGCUCCCAUACAUGGUGAUGAGGACAGGGAAGCCAGAGAGGCUACUAAGAAGAACAACGAGGGCGGUAAUCUCUACAUUGGGAGGCAUGGAGCAGGGUCUGACGGGCAAAAGGAAGGCAGAGACGUCCAAGCUCCCAAGUGGAGCUGGAUUGGAGCACAGAGUCCAUUGAUGGGUGACAAAGAAGAAGCUGAAUGGUUGCUGGAACGGCUCUUCCAGCGACUGGAGGAAAGUCUUCAUUCCGACACGCCGCAGGCAGAGCAUGGGAAACAUCAUACCAGGAAUCUCCAAGAACAGAAAUAA